CUCAGACUGUUCGCCGCUUGAGUUUGAGCAUGAUUAACGGAUCUACAGCUAGCUCUGCCUCGCUUGCUCUCAGGAUAGCGCGGUGUCUCUGACAUUUGCUGUCCAGUCAUACCAACGAACGGCAACCUGGAGACCCGCUGCCGGCCAUGAUAUGACAUGCAAUGCGCAGACUCUAUACGCAUGACGUUCCAGUCCACCCGCUGCCCGCCCUGCGUACGAAGUCGGACACCGGCAACAAUGUCCUUCCGCGCCGGUUCUCGGGCGCUCAUUACGCAUGAGUGCUCACUCCCCGGACUCGGUGUGACAUUUCGCGCACACAUCUGCCUCGGGACGGGCCGCGGCAUGUCGGACGAAUGCACUGGUCUAGAUAACAGUACAGGAUAUAUAAGAAUACUGUUCUCUACUUUCCAGCAUCGCAUCGCAGCUAUACCAGUUUACUCUGCUUACAGGCACUUGAUACCAAAUGUCCCAGCCCAUUCCAACCCCGCCCUCCAUUCCCUUCCUAGGUCACGUAACCACCAUAGAUGCAGAGCUCCCCGUUCUCUCGUUCCACCUGCUUGCCAAGCAAUAUGGCGAGAUCUACCAGCUAAACUUUCUCGGUACGAAGGUCGUAGUUAUCAAUUCGCAGGAGCUUCUUCAUGAGGUGUCCGAUGAGAAGCGCUUCCGAAAGAUUGUACAACAAGGUCUAAACGAAGUUCGCAACGCGACUGGCGACGGACUCUUCACUGCCCGCGUACCACAAGAGAAAAACUGGUACAUUGCUCAUCGUAUCCUGAUGCCGUCGUUCAGCGCCAUGAACACGCGGAACAUGUUCGACGACAUGGUCGACGUGAUUUCUCAGCUCGUGCUGAAGUGGGAACGCUUCGGACCGUACCACAAGAUUAACCCCGCAGAGGACUUCACGGCCAUGACGCUGGAAGCGAUAUCCUUCUGCGCGAUGUCUCAUAGGUUGAAUACGUUCUAUAUUAAUGGGGUACAUCCCUUCGCCCGUGCGAUGACAGACUUCCUAAUCGAAAGCGGCAAGCGUGCUCGGAGGCCGGCGAUAGUAGCACCAUUCAUGCGGAGUACGAACGCGAAGUACCAGCAGGAUAUCGACGUGCUUAUGAGCUUUGUCGAUGAAAUUAUUGCAGAGCGCAGAGCUCAUCCUACGGAAAAGAAGGAUAUCCUGAAUGUAAUGCUGUAUGCGAAGGACAAAGAGACGGGGCUCGAGAUGACAGAGGACAGCAUCAGACAAAACGUGCUUACUUUCCUUAUUGCCGGGCACGAAACCACUUCAGGAAUGCUAACAUUCACGAUGUACUAUCUCCUUAAGAAUCCCGAAGCAAUGCGGAAACUGCGCGAGGAGGUGGAUGGCACGAUCGGCGACCGGCCGAUGACAGUGGAUGACGUACAUAAGCUGCCGUACCUCAUCGCCGUUCUGAGAGAAGCGUUGCGCCUUGGUCCACCUGCUUCGGGGCGCGGAACGGCGCCGUACGAAGAUAUAACUCUCAGCGGCGGAAAGUACGCCGUCGAAAAAGACACUCUCAUCUUGUGCAGCGUCUAUAAUGUUCAUCGCGACACGAAGGUCUGGGGCGAAGACGCUGAGGAUUUCAAGCCUGAGCGCAUGCUCGAUGGUAAAUUUGAAGCGAUGCCGCCCGAUUCCUGGCAGCCGUUCGGCUAUGGCAUGCGUGCCUGUAUCGGCCGGCCGUUUGCGUGGCAAGAGGCCCAGAUCACGCUCGUCUACCUCAUGCAGCGCUUCAACUUCGUCAUGGCCGACCCAUCUUACGACCUGCACCUGAAGCAGACGCUGACGAUUAAGCCGCACGAGUUCUACAUUCGCGCGAUUCUGCGCACUGAUAAGAAAGGCCCCAUCCCGAUGUUCAGCGCGCCGUCAACCUUGCUGCAGCGGAGUAAUGAUUCUAGCAAGGCAGGCGAGCAGCCUGCGACGGAGAAUGCUGCUGAUUUGAGGCCUUUGUACGUGCUCUAUGGCUCGAACACUGGCACGUCGGAAGGUUUCGCUCAGAGAAUCGCUUCUGCGGCUGCCGGGCAAGGUUUCAAGGCUACUAUUGGUACGCUCGACUCCGUAUCAGGACAUCUACCCACGGACGGACCUGCUAUCAUUGUUACCGCCUCAUAUGAAGGCCAGCCGGCCGACAAUGCUGCACACUUCGUCGAAUGGCUCUCGAACCUGAAAGACAGGGAGCUCUUGAAGGCGUCUUAUGCCGUGUUUGGUUCUGGAAAUCACGACUGGGCUCUGACAUACCAGCGUAUUCCGACGUUGUGCGACGACCUGCUUUCCGAGCGCGGCGGCAAGCGCAUCAUACCUCGUGGCGAAGGUGAUGCCGGCUCUGGAGAAUUCUUCGAGGCGUUCGAGAAGUGGGAGACAGCGUUGUGGGAGGCGCUUCGUACGCUGUAUGGAACGACUAAGUCUGAUGGGCCAGAAUCUGAAAUCCAGAUCCAGACUAUGGAUGCGGGAACGAGCCGUGCAAGCGUCCUUCGCCAGCCGGACGCAGCUCUGGGGACUGUGCUCGAGAAUAGGGUCCUUACAGCUCCGGGUGCACCGGUGAAAAGGCACAUCGAAUUCGGCCUUCCGGAGGGCAUAACGUACCGGACGGGCGACUAUCUCGCUAUGUGGGUGCCAAAAUUCUUCCUGUCAACCCUGCGAGGGACGUCCACCGUGCAAUCGCCCGCUUUGGUUUGUUAUCUGACCAAGAGGCAUAUCACGGUUCGCUCCGCUGGUCCAACGACUCUUCCGACGAACCGUCCUAUCAAUGUAUCGACGAUCCUUAGCGGAUAUGUUGAGUUGUCCCAGCCGGCGACAACUCGUGACCUGCGUAUUCUGGGCGAGAUGUCCAAGGCUGAAGCCUCCAAGAUUGCACUGAAGGACUUGGCGAACAACUACGCAGAGAAGGUCCUCGCCAGGCGUCUCAGCGUCCUCGACGUUCUCGAAGGCUACCCUGACAUCGACAUCCCCUUCGCCACUUUCCUUCAGCUCCUCCCAAGCAUGCGUGUUCGUCAAUACUCCAUCUCCUCGUCGCCUCUCGUCGACGCCUCUCGUGCCACGCUAACGAUCAGCGUGCUCGAGGCACCCGCGAUCUCAGGCCGGAACGAGCCCUUCCUAGGUGUGGCAUCGACGUAUCUCGCCGGCCUCCGCCCAAAUGACAAAGUGCAGCUCGCGGUGCGGCCGUCUAACGCGGCCUUCCACCCGCCGACGGACCCGGCUGUGCCGAUGUUGAUGUUCUGCGCCGGGUCGGGACUUGCGCCGAUGCGCGGAUUCCUGCAGGAGCGUGCGAUCCAGAAGCAGUCUGGGAGGGAGGUUGCAAAGAGCAUUUUGUUCUUUGGGUGCCGAACCCCGGGCGAGGACUUCUUGUACGCUGAUAGCGACCUGAAAGCGUGGGUUGAUCUCGGCAUCGUGGAUGUGCGUUCGGCGUUCUCGAAGGCAACCGACGACUCGGAGUCACUCGGAUGCAAGUAUGUUCAGGACCGUAUCUGGUACGACCGUGCUGACGUCGUUACAGCGUGGAGGUCGGGCGCAAAGUUGUACCUGUGCGGCUCGAGCCGGAUGGCGGCCGGGGUAAAGGAAAAGCUUGUGCUCGUUGUGCAGGACACGCUGAAGUUGGAUCACGCUGCUGCAGUGAAGAAGUUCGAUGAGAUCAUGGUCGGCCGUUUUGCCACUGAUGUUUUUGAGUAGAUUGCAAUAUUUUCUGCGCUGAUUAAUCGUGAAUAGAUUUUGACUGUGCGCAUUCGUCUUCGGAUGCAACUCGAGCGAUCGAGACGGGCCCUGUAUGACAGUUUCUGAUCCCCUCGUUAAGUACUCGAGCGUCCAUCAGCCGCGUUUGUCCUCAACGAAAUCUUUAUGGGCUGCCACCUGCGCACCAGUUUACC